AUGUCCGCCUUCGCUUCUCUGCUGCGCCCAUCGCUGCGCAUGGCCACCCCGGCCACCUCCACCGCGCGCACCUUCAGCUCGUCGGCGGCGCGCUCCCUCGCCCGCAUGUCCAUCGUCGGUCGGCUGGGUGCUGCGCCCGAGCUUUCCGUUACAUCAACAGGCCUUGAUCUCGUCAAGUACUCUAUUGCAACCGAUACAGGGCCCCGUGAUAAGCGCGAAACCAGCUGGUUCAGGGUCGGGACCAUCUUGGAUGAAAGCAAAUUCCGCGACUUCAUGCUCGCUUUGCCUAAGGGAACCCUCGUCCUUGUGGAGUGUGAAGCCAGAAUGAAAGAUAGAGAGGAUGCAGAUGGCAAGAAAUACAAGACACUGACCCUCGCGCAGCGCUCUAUUGAGGUCCUCAGGCGACCCGCCAACAUUAGCGACUCUAACGAGUCCGAGUUCCAGUCCGAGUCCCGGCCUGAAUAA